AUGCCCAACCGAAUUCGUGACCUGUACAAGGUCGACCCCACCUCUUUUCCUUACCUAUAUGAAGAAAAUGUCACCAUUACGCUUAAGAGCUUACAAGGGCUCGUCCGAUGCAACAUCUACCGGCCCAAGAGUGAGAACAAGGUGCCCGUGUUAGUGACAUAUGGUCCAUAUGGAAAGGAUAUCCCUUACGAACACGCCAAAUCAUUCGCAGACAUUAACCCUAAACACAAGUCUGCACAUUCCUCAUGGGAAACACCUGACCCGGCCUUCUGGACGGCCCAUGGUUAUGCAGUGCUACGAGCCGAUGAAGUUGGCAGUGGUCAGUCUCCUGGUGUCCUAGAUACCAUGUCCAAGUCCACCACGGAUGCCUUUGUGGAUGUCAUCGAAUGGGCGGCCGAGCAGACAUGGAGUAACGGCAAGGUAGGCCUGGUGGGCAUCAGCUAUUUUGGUGGAAGCCAAUGGAGAGUCGCAGCUCGCCAACCAAAAGGUCUAGCAGCCAUGAUUCCAUGUGACGGGAUGGCCGAUUACUACCGUGACCGUUGUCGACAUGGUGGGAUUCUCACCGGAUUUCUGAAAUGGUGGUUUAGCAAUUCCGUGGCGAGUAACCAGUAUGGCCUCCCAGGAAAGUCAAAACGGAAUUGGGGACCAGAUACAAUUGAGGGCGAUUUAGACGCCAAAGAAUUGGCUGAGAAUUUGCGCGACCAGGCGGUUGAUAACAGUCAACACUUCUUCCGCAACGAUCCUUAUUACGCAUCGCGGGAUUAUAAUUUGGAAGAUAUAGUCACUCCGUUGCUCUCUCUUGGAAAUUGGGGGAGUAUCAUGAUCCAUUUGCGUGGUAAUUACGAAGGAUUCAGGCUUGCGAGCUCAGAAAAGAAGUUUCUCCGUAUGAAUGUCGGACGACAUGAUGUCCCAUUUUACGAAGAUGAAACAGUACAAGUACAGCUCAGCUUCUUGGAUGCUUUCCUCAAGGAACAAGAUAAAGGUGGCUGGACAGAUGGUACUAGGCCCCCUGUUGACUUGAUUCUGCGCAGAGGUAACGUGGGAGUCAAUAAUCCGGAAGCUGAAAAGGCAUUUCAACGAAGAUUCGAGACUGAGUGGCCAUUGGCUAGAACGCAGUAUACAAAGUACUAUCUGACGCCACAAGGAAAUCUCAUCACGACUAUUCCUAGUAUACACUACAACAGACUGUCGUAUCCAGCUCUUGGAAACGUGGAAGAUCCUCAGUUUGUUCACUUCUCAAGCUAUCCAUUUUCUCAAGAUACAGAGAUCACGGGGUAUAUUACGGCCCACCUCAAUAUCUCGGUUACGCCUCUCCCAGGUGGCCCAGUCCCAACAGAUAUCGACCUCUUUUUGACACUGCGCCACUUUGGUCCCAAUGGUAAGGAGAUUCACUACACUGGCAUCACUGGUGAGCCAGUGCCAUUGUGCAAAGGCUGGCAGCGGGUAAGUCUUCGCAAGAUUAAUGACAAGCACCCACGACACAAAGAAUGGCUUCCAUAUAGAGACUAUUUCUCGUCGGAUGUUUUGCCCGUCAUUCCAGGCGAGGUGUAUCCUGUGGAUGUUGAGGUUUGGGCCACCACUGUGAUGGUUGAGAAGGGUGAGUACCUUGUUUUUGAGGUCAGCAGUGGCGAUACUCAGGGAGGAGGUCUAUUUAACCAUGACUUGAAUGAGAGGUCCUAUGAGAGGUUUGCUGGAAACAACCAUAUUCAUUUUAGCUCCGAGUUUAUAAACUCUAUUACCCUGCCAGUUAUUCCCUAA